AUUUUCACAGAGCCAAUCCCUCUAAAAAAAUUUAUGCAACAGCUAUUUUGUGUUGUCAAUAUGUGGUUUGGUUUAUCAUUUUAGCGUUAUCUCUGUUCAACUACUCGUUGAGUGAGUGAGCGCGUUUCCAUAGCUCACAAGCUAAAAUCUCUACCUCUUUCUGCCUUUUUUCCGCCAUGGUUUUCUCUGCAUCUUUUUCUCACAACUCAUUCUCAUGCCUAACUCAAUUCCCACAAAAUUUUAGAAGAAACCCACUUCGCUUUCAUCUUAUUCGAGCUGUGAAAUCCACUGAACCGGAGAAGAAGGUGUCAGAGACCAAAACCCAGGAGCUUCCCGUGGCUGAACCUUCAAGUUCAAGCUCCCCCACUGCCUCUCCCAAGGUUUCAAAGAAGCCUGUCUAUUCGAUGAAGAAGGGUCAGAUUGUGAGAGUUGACAAAGAGAAGUAUCUUAAUAGUGUUAAUUAUCUAUCUGUUGGACAUCCACCUUAUUUCAAGGGCUUGGAUUACAUUUAUGAAGACCGUGGUGAGGUAUUGGAUCUUCGCAUUUUCGAGACAGGAGAAUAUGCACUUAUUGCAUGGGUUGGCAUUCCGACUGCUCCAGCUUGGCUGCCGACAGAAAUGCUUAUAAAGUCGGAGAAACUCAACUACGAAAGACUCUAAAUCACAGCUUUGGUCAACGAUGCUCACUUGAUGGUUUAUAGUUUACACUUUUCCCGAUGACUGUAAAGAUGUGUAGUUAAUUCAAAAUACAUUAAUAAUUCAUCGCAAGCCUUUGCAACCUUUAUGCUUCUGUUGAUAUUUAACAUCAAAUUAUGGAUUAGUACAAAGAAAAGAAAAGUGUUAUUAUGAAGAAUGAUAAUGUAACUAA